GUAGACACAUUUUUGUCGAAACUAUAGCCAACCUAAGCAUAUGGUGUCCGUUACAAGCCUUGGGAGAAGAGUAUAAAAGCGAAGGAAGAGCUGCUCUGCUCAGGCCAUCGCACCUCUCUGGAAACGUACUGUCGCCACCGCAGCACAAAGAUACUUAAAAAUGGCAUUCGCUGGAAUUCUCAAGGACGAGGACAUUGCUGCAGCCAUUGCAGACUGUGCUGCUGCUGACUCUUUCAACUACAAGACCUUCUUUGCCAAGGCUGGACUGAGUGCAAAGUCCUCUGAUGACAUCAAGAAAGCCUUCUUCGUCAUUGACCAGGACAAGAGUGGCUUCAUUGAGGAGGAUGAACUUAAGCUGUUCCUGCAGAACUUCUCCGCUGGUGCCAGGGCUCUGACUGAUGCUGAGACCAAGGCCUUCCUUGCAGCUGGUGACAGUGAUGGCGACGGCAAAAUUGGAGUUGAUGAGUUCGCUUCCCUUGUGAAGGCUUAAGCACUCAUGGACCCUAUUUUUUGGAAAUAGGUCUUUACUUUUGUAUAUGACUUGUCUCCAAUAGUUAUUUUAAUUUUUUAUAUUUAUUUAUGAAUACCCAGCUCACUUCACUGCAAGGAACACAACUACAUGUUCAGUCUCUUCAACACUCUAUUUAUUGUUCAUACUGUUAGGUAACAGUUCAUACUGUUAUGUAAUUGUGUAAUUAUGAACCUAACUUGUGCAAAUAUACAAUGUCUUUUGCACCUUUGAAAUACAAAUAAAUUU